AUGGAUCCAGUUGUGUGCAAGUUAAAAACUUUUAAAGAUUUUCUUGAACUGUACAAUAAAAUGACCGAAAUGUGCUUUAAAAGGUGCGUCGACAAUAUGUACACAAGAAAAUUAGAUCAGGAUGAAAUUGCAUGCGUGGACGAUUGUUCGCAAAAGUUUAUAUACUUUAACAACAAACUUAUGCAGAACUUUAUCCAAGCUCAAACGGAAAAAGCAAAUUUACGAGCGAAGGAAGCAGAAGAACAGCAAAAACUUGCUGAAGCUGAACAAAAACAGAACCAGCAGAAGGAAGUCUUAGAUAAAGAAAUGGCAGAGCCUGUAGGAAACCGAGAAAUUACAGUUUCUAGUAGUUGA